AUAAGAGCAGUUGUUAAGUCAGACAAAUCCUCCACCUCCACCUCCAACUCCAACUCCAACUCCAAUCCUAUGUACGGACCACCACACGCCUCCAUGAAUGACACCACCACCGUACAGGCCCCCCGCCCCCUCAAUCCACAUAUCGACGACAACGACGACGAUGACGAGGAUGUCGUUGAGUGCUCUAAUGGGGAAGAAUCCGUAGACAACCCCCCAUCCCAGAUCAGAUAUGACCUGCCGAACAACUCUCACUCGCCGCACGCGCUUCCUGCAACUGGUGUUAUGGAGCCUGUCGACCCGGUUGCCUCUCAUGCUCUAUACCCCUCGGAUAUGGGCCCCGCUGCCGGGGAAGCUGGAGCCGACCAGCUCACGCUGUCGUUUCAGGGCGAGGUUUUUGUUUUCGACUCGGUUUCCCCAGAAAAGGUUCAGGCAGUUUUAUUACUGUUGGGUGGAUAUGAAGUACCCACUGGUGUUCCUAGUCCUGGGAUGACUCCUCAAAACUAUAGGAAUUUGGGUGAUUAUCCCGGGAAGUCGAGUCAACCACAACGGGCAGCCUCCUUAAUCCGGUUUAGAGAAAAGAGGAAAGAGCGAUGUUUUGAUAAAAAAAUUCGCUACACUGUUCGCAAGGAAGUUGCUUUGAGAAUGCAGCGUAAGAAAGGCCAGUUUACAUCGUCAAAGUCGCUCCCUGAGGAACUUGGAUCAUCUUCUGCAGAUUGGAAUGGAAGUUCGGCCCAAGAAGAGCAGGAAACCUCAUGUAGGCAUUGUGGGAUUAGUUCAAAGUCCACUCCAAUGAUGCGACGUGGACCAGAUGGGCCAAGAACUCUGUGCAACGCAUGCGGUCUCAAGUGGGCCAACAAGGGAGUCCUGCGAGACCUUUCAAAACUCCCCAUUGUUGAAGCCCAGCAUCAUGCUAUGAAGGCUGGUGAAGUUAUCAAUAGUGAAACAAACAGCAAAGAUACUCUUGCACCUUCUACCAACAUCAUCACAUCUUCUACCGGUGAGAAUUAAUCCUUGACUACUGAUGGCAAGUAAAAGAUGGCUCCCUUCGGCCAAUGCAGUUGCAUACUUGCAAUUGUGAUUGAAAUUUGGUUCUGAUAAGUGGUAGCCUUGUCUUUCUUUCGUAUAUGAGAGAAUGUACAUAUUCACUGCAUUACUGGUUCGCAUAUAUUUCUUCCCAUAUCCCUCUCUAUCCCCGUUUAUGUUGGAAGCAGAUAUGGAGAUUUAUGCUUCAUUAUCAAAUGCCUGCUUAAUCACUAACUGUAUAAAAACCUCGAGAAAAGUUAGUGGAGUGUUGCAGAAGUUGCAUUUGUGU